UCAUAUCUUCCAACACGGCGCCGCUUCCUGCCGGCCCCGCCGCUCCGUGGACCGUUAUCCGCCACCACGGCUCCGUCCGCCGGACAAACGCACCCGCUAUGAGCCUGUAACGGAGCCGCCGAACCCCGCAGCCCGUCCGCUGACCCCGGGACACGGACAGUGCCGGGCGGAGCAGGUGGAAGGCGUUGCCGUGGUGAUGGUUCUGGACUCAGGUGACAUCUUCAUGGAUCAGGUUGAGGCUAAAGGGAGUGGUUCGGACCCACCGGAUCCAGAUUCAGAUCCACCUAAAACCAAGGUCAGCUCCGCCUUCAAACCUACCAUUAGCUCCGCCUCCAAACGGACCCAUGUGGCCAAACGGGAGAAAGUGGCUGUCAACGGGCUUCCUGCUGCGCCGGGGGCGGAGCGAAGGUCGUCACUGAAAGGCGGGGCCGCACACAGACCGCCCCUUCGCCGGCCUCUCAGCCUGGAGGUGACGCCCCAGCGCUUCCGAUGCCCUCAGGAUGCAGUGAUGGUGGCGGACAGACGUGUGGUGCAGCCCCCGUGGCGGAGCGGCGCGGCAGCAGCGCCCUGGCCCCCUGCCCGCAGCCUGACCAGCCCCAGUCUGGGUGCGGCCGGCUGGAUGCGGCGCAGUGAGAGCACGUGCUCCGUCAACGUCUCCCUCCGAGGCGCCAGAGGCCAGAUGCGCCCGGCCACGUCCCUGCCGCACAUUGCCAAGGCGACGCCAGCCUCAUCCAGGCCCUGUCUGCUGGUGGCCCUCAGACCGCUGAACCUGGACCAGGAGAAGACCACCUUCUUUCAGGCCGACUACGAGUAUGAGCCCCAGUUUGAGUACACAGAGCCGGAGCCCAGGACGGUCCUGGACAAGUACCGCCAAGGAUCUGGCCUCUUCCUGCAGCAGGCCGUGGGUAUCAUGGAGUGCGUCCUGAAGAGGUUCGGUUCGUAUGAAUCCUUUGAGGAGGUGACGGGCGGUGGCGUCCUCCCAAAGAGUCAGGUGUGGGCAUCUGUUCGUAAAUAUCUGCAGAAGGAGGGGUGUGUUGGAGAGGUGGUUGUGCGUCUGUCUGAUGAGCUCCUGUCUCAGGCCGUCAUGGUGAUUGACAGCUGUCGUCCCACUCUGACCAUUAACCUUUCUGGAGCGCGGCAGCUCUGGUUGGAGGGAAUGUUACGACACGAGAUCGGUACUCACUACCUUAGAGGAGUCAACAACGCCUUGCAGCCCUGGGCCACCGCCGACGGAAGGAAGCAGUUCGGCUUGAAACCGGCCAAUCCCACAGAGGAGGGCCUGGCCAGCCUCCACAGUGUGUUGCUACGGAAACAACCAUACCUGUGGCGAGCAGCACUGCUGUACUACACAGUUUACCACGCCUCCAGCAUGAGCUUCAGCCAACUGUUCAAACACAUCGGACGGUUUGUAGGAAACCCUGACGUUCGCUGGGAGUACUGUCUGAGAGCUAAGAGGGGACAGACGGACACAUCCAAGCCAGGCUGCUUCAGUAAGGACCAGGUUUACCUGGACGGAAUCCUCCGGAUCCUUCGUCAUCGCAGGUCGAUCGACUUCCAGAUGUUGACGUCUUUAGGGAAGGUGUCCUAUGAGGAUGUGGAGCGUCUCCGUCCUCUGGCCGUCCUCCCACGGACACGGAUCCCACAUUUCAUGCGAGACCAGGAGCGUUACCUUCAGCAUCUGGACCACAUCAUGGCCGUCAACGAGCUGGAUGACGCCACACUGCAGGAGCUGCUGCCCUGACCUCUGAGGUCACGGCGUACAGACUGAAGGAACCAAACCUUACAGUAUUAUCCGUCUUUAUCGAGCAUUUUUUAAAAACUUGAAUAAGGGUCAGAAUAUGACCUUUGACUCUUUAUCUGAUGCAUGUCUGUGACCUUUAACCUCAAACAUGUAACCGACGUCAGCGCACACACACGCCCUGGGUCACACCACGCCAACGUUAGAAACCCACGCCAACAUUAGAAACCCACGCCAACAUU